AUGGCCGCCGUCGCAUCUGCAACCUCUGGUCACAUCCGAAAACGGCAAUAUCAGCCUUCGAUAACUUCUUUCUUCAACCAUGGCGACCGCACAUCUUCGCGUCCUUCGAGAUCGCCCAUGUCACCUCCACUGCCACCCGAAACCCAGGCGUCGCUCAUAAGCGUGGGGAUGCGAGUACGGAAGUCGGUACCGGAAGGAUACAAGACGCAUAAGCCAAUAGGCACGGACGGCUUUCCCUUUCCUAGCACGGCUCCUGCGGCACCAGUUCAAAAUACACGACCAGGCUACAACCAGGAGCCUAGUAGGGAGCUCAUGCCAUUCUGUGGACUUCACAGGGUGGGAGGGAUGGCGAUGCAACCACAGUCUUACGCUCCUCCUUCAUCUGCUCCACCAGCAACGAGAAGAGGGUACAAUCAGGAUGAGGACAGCAUACCCGGUCUCUCCAUGUCACAGCAGACUCUACCGUCUACCCAAGGCAGCUAUAUGUCUGCCGUGGCUGCUACGGUCCUCGUCCCGAGCAAGAAACGGACAUUCGACGAAGAAAUGGAGGAGGAUAUGGAUGCCUUGUUCGACGAUAUGGAGGCCGCGGAUUCCUCAACUACGAUCCGACUUAUCGCGAAGUCGAAGUCUAGUCUACGACGAGCGGCGACCAACAGCAUGCUGGGGAGUGAGCACGGUAACGAUUUCGAGGAAGCUGGUUUCUUGGCACCGAUGGAUGUCGACAAUUGA